UCUACGUGGGGUAGUGAGGUUGGUCCGGUGUGAGUGUGUGUGAAUGGUGUGUGUGAGUGUGUGUGAGUGUGUGUGUGUGAGAUGAUGAAGGUAUAAAUGAAGGCAGCAGUGUUAGUCCGUGUGGUUCGGGAUCAGAUGGCGCGGAGACCCAUGAUGCUCUGCGCGGCUCUACUGGUCACCUGCGGGGUCAUACUGACUCUCACACUCACCUGCAGCCGUGCUAAGAGCGUGGUGGCGCUGGCCCGUCCCCCGGUGCGGUUCCUGUCCCCGUCUGUCCCGGUGGUGGACCUGUUUCUGGGACAGCAGGACCAGGCGGAGACGCUGAUGGAGGGCUCUGAUGUGACCGUGCUGUUCUACUACGCUCCGUGGUGUGCCCACUCCAUCGCCGCCAGGGAGCACAUCCACCAGGUGGCGCUGCACCUCUCCAGUCAGGUCCAGUUUGUAGCGGUGAACUGUUGGUGGCAUCAGGGAAAGUGCCGGAAACAGCAGAACUUUUACCAGUACCCGGUUCUACACGUGUACUACAGAAGGUUUGGUCCUGUCCCGUAUAAAGGGCCCUUUAUAGCUGAAUAUUUGGAGAGUUUCAUACACAGAGUCUCCGCCCCCCUAACCUACCUGUCCUCUCGCUCCGCCCUCCACACCUUCUUAUCUCACCACGAGCAGGGUGUGGUGGGCUUCUUUGACUUUAACGCUUCCCCACAGCCACCUGGUUAUCUCACCUUCUUCCUGUCUGCACUGCAUGCACUCAGGAAAGACCCUCAGGGGGCGGUGCGUUUCAGUGUCGUGACCAAUCGGGACGUGGCGGCGGGGAUGUGGGUGACGGAGGAUCAGAGUGUGUAUCUGCAUCGACGCUUCAACGCUUCACUGGUGUUCCCGCGCUCCGAAAGGAACUUCACACCUGAGAACAUCUGUAACUGGAUCUAUGAGAACAAAGAGAGCCUCAUCACCUGGAUUCAGCCAAUAGGAGAGAAGAGUCACGCUCUGGAGGCGGAGCUACGUAAAGGACCCGCCCUGCUCAUGUUCCUCCCACAGAGUCCGCGCUCGGACACUCAGAUGCUGUCCGAGGUGUCUGAUAUAGCAUUGCGUUAUUACUCAUGUUUGACAGGCUGGAUCUACUCCUCUGUCUGGUCGCCGUCUGGCUCUGCCUUGAUUAAGCCGAAGUGUUGCAAGUCCCUGCACAUGUCCACUAACACUAACACUAAGGUGUGUGAGGUGUGUGUGAGGUCGGCGUGGGACCUGGGGGCUGCGCUCAACUCGUUCCUGAGCGGUGCCUUGUCCACGGCGUCUUCCUUCUGCAGUAACACUCAGCGCAGCUACAGCCUGCUCAGUCACUACACCUCCUGCUGCAGGACCCUGACACACAGCCUCCGCCCCCUGAUGGAGGGGGAUGGGGUCACAGGGCUGCACUGUCGGACCAAUAAGACGCUGCGCUUUUACGCUUUGGACUCGAGACUGGCGUGGCCGCUGGCCCAGCGGCUCGGAGCGGCGGGAAACCGCAGCACACACUCGCACACACAGACCUUCACCACCAUCGUCAGCCUGAGGGAGGAGACACACUACGUACUGCAGGACGCGGGGAGAGAGGCGCUGGAGCGGUUCAUCUUAAACUUCAGCGCCACCUACAGUCCACUUCACAGACACUUAGUGGGAGUCAGUGAAGCUUCACCCCCUCACUCUCUUAUCCAGGAAGUGACUACAGACUCCUUCAGAGCCAUAGUGAUGGACGCAGAGAAGGAUGUGUUGUUGUUUUACUACACAGGAUGGUGCGGGUUCUGUACCGUUCUUAAUCACGUUCUGCUUCGUUUGGCCAGGCUUUACCAGGGGAACAGCUCCUUCACAGUGGCCAGGGUAAACGUUGGUCUUAAUGACCUGCCGUGGGAGUUCAUGGUGGAUCACCUGCCCACCUUCCUGUUCUUCCCCAGACACAGGAAGCACAUGAGUGUGAAGUUUCCGGAGACCACCCGUGUCACGCUACCCAAUCUGGUCCGAUUCAUUCUCAAUCAUUCCAGCCCCACCCCUCAGGGAAAGGCGGGGCCCAAGGUACUUCUGGAGGUGGAGCUUCACACGCUGCAGGGGGAGGUGCUGUCUCUGCAACGUGCCCGUGAGCGGCUGUCUCAGCAGCUGGCCGCUCUGUGGAGGGAGAACCGCCGCCUGGCGCUGCACACUAAGGAGCUGCAGUCCCACAAUGCCGAGCUGCAGGAGCAGAGCUCCCGGCUCGAGACUCUGUACCAGGAGAAAAGCCGACAGCUCACCGAGGCCAUAAAGAGGCUGCAGGAGCUUGCCGAUGCCUCUGAGGACCUGCUGAGUGAGAACUCGUUAUUGAAGGUCCUGCUCGCCGUCCUGAGGGAAAAGGACAGUGUAGGCAGGACAGGGGGCUGGAGUUGGGCUGAGGACAGAGGAAAGGAGACACAUGGACCAGGGGAGGGCGAGGAGAACGAGACCGAGGACGGGAUGCAGGAUGUCUCCUGACGGCUCAGAAAUGAGGGGUGAUUAUUUAAGGAUGCUCAAAUGGAAGCCUUUGCUGCCUCGUUAGCCUCGGUACGGAGAGCUAAUCGCAAUAAUGUUGACUAUAAAGCAUGUGGCAUCUGCUGCCACCUGCUGGAGGAAUCAUGAAUUUAAGACCUUGUGUUAAGGUCUUGUCGCUGUGUCGAAAAAUUAUCAUGAUUUGAUUGCAUCAUGGGAAAAAAAGGAAAGAGAGUUAAAAUGUGUGUUAAUGUUUAAAUAUAUGUCUAGGUGGCAAGAAAUUAGAAUCUAAAUGAAGGUGGUGCCAUCCAGUGGAGGUGUCAGGAAUUAACCUGCAAUACAUUCUCCUUUCUGUACGUUUUCUACUUGUAUUUCAUUCAUAAUUUAUUUGACCUUUACACCCUAGUAAUUUUUUCUUUGUCUCAGGGUAACACUGCAGUUAAAGGUUAAAAAAAGGUUCAUCAAUCAUCAUGUUUCAGAAAAAAAAGCUGGUUUAAGAAUUACAAUGAAAGAUCAGUUAUUUUGAUGUAUUGGAAGGUAAUCAUGACAUCCAGUGGCAGAACUAGGUAUUGCAGUCAAACUGUUCUAUGUGGUUGUGAGUGGAUGAACUCGCUAUAUAGAAAUAGUGACUUUAAUCACUUAUGUGGUUAAUUAAUGAAGGUUGUUGGAGAUCUGCUUAGCACUCAUUAGCACUCAGUUUAAUGUUCUGGGUGUGUACAUGAGCCUGAGCUGGCUGCCGGUUUUUAUCACAGGGUCCGUUCAGAUUAAACAAUGCGCUCGUUGACGUGUCACAUACACCACAGUUGAGACGUUCCGCGUUGAGGUACGGUAGCUGUCAAAAAGACGUGCGUGUACUAGUAAACAUUAGUACAUAUUGGCCUAAGGUUGUGCAAAAAGGUGGUUUUGUGAACUGAUGUAUAAGUUAAAUCAUACAUAAAAUAUGUAGUGCGUGUUCUUAUGUGAAAAUACAAUUCCAAAAAAAUUGCAAUAAUAAUAAUACAAAGCAUGAUUUCACGGUUAGGGUUUUCCAUUAUAAAUACGAAUUGAUAACCAUAAAGCUAUUUGUCUGAUUGCGUCCCGUAUCUGUUGCACUCUCCUCGUCCGCCAUCUUGCCGCCUCCAGGUCAAACACAUGAGCAGUUUGUGGAAUCCAUGUAUCUUCUGCUCGAUACAUAAAGCCUGCAAUCCUGUGAUGUAUUGUUGACAGUCAUGGUCACGGUUAUCACUUCGUAUUCAUGAUGGAGAAACCCCAAGCGUAAAAUCGCGCUUC